CCUCUGUGGAGGCAGCAUUUCCAAAGCUGAAGCCCAGGUGAGCUCACCACACACAGAGCAUGGAGUCUCUACAUGUGCCACAGCAAACGGCUCCUGAAAACAAAGAAGACCACAAUGAUAACCAAGGAAAUGAAAAGAAAGAGGCCCAAGCGAGUCCUGCACAUUCCACUCUGGCGUUGGUUGAGGAGUCUGAGGACACAGACCCAUGGGACCUGCCAGAACUGAAGGACUCCGGGGUCCCAUGGUCAGCUCUGGAUACGAGAGGGAAGGUGAUGAGGGUGCUGGUGUCACUGGCGAAGCUGGUGCUGCUGCUGGCUUUCCUCUACAUGUUCAUCUGCUCCCUCGACAUCCUCAGCUCAGCUUUCCAGCUGGUUGGAGGUAAAACAGCAGGUGACAUUUUCCAGGACAACUCAGUCUUGGCCAACCCGCUGGCUGGUCUGGUCAUCGGGGUUCUGGUCACUCUGCUGGUGCAAAGCUCGUCAACUUCCUCCUCUAUAGUUGUCAGCAUGGUCUCCUCUGGAUUGCUGACAGUCCAACUGGCUGUUCCUAUCAUCAUGGGCACCAACAUUGGGACCUCCGUCACCAACACACUAGUCGCAAUGACGCAGGCUGGCGAUCGCAGCACAUUUCGGAGGGCAUUUGCCGGGGCCACAGUGCACGACUUCUUCAACUGGCUGUCUGUGCUGGUGCUGCUGCCUCUGGAGGUGGCCACUGGUUAUAUGUUCGUGGUCACUAAGCUCAUCAUCGACUCCUUUAACAUCCAGAGCGGAGAGGCCCCAGACCUGUUGAAUGUGAUCACUGAUCCCCUCACCGAUUCAAUCAUACUGUUGGACCAGACUGUCCUCACUGGGAUUGCCACUGGAGAUCCCUUAGCCAGGAACAAGAGUCUCAUCAAGAGAUGGUGCCAAACCUUCACCAACACGUCAUUGAUGAAUGUUACAGUUCCUGGUCCAGAGAACUGCACCUCACCGUCUCUCUGCUGGGACGAUGGCAACUACACCAUCACGCUGAAGAACAUUUCUGAAACGUUUAAUAUCCAGAAAUGUAAACACCUCUUCGUGGAUGUGAAUCUUUCUGACCUGGCGGUGGGUCUGAUCCUGCUGGCUCUCUCUCUGCUCGUGCUCUGCUCCUGCCUGAUCCUCAUCGUCAAGCUGCUCAACUCCAUGUUGAAGGGUCAGGUGGCUUCAGUCAUCAAGACCAUCCUCAACACGGAUUUCCCAUUUCCAUUCGGUUGGGUCACUGGCUACAUUGCCAUUUUAGUCGGAGCUGGCAUGACCUUCAUCGUGCAGAGCAGUUCUGUUUUCACCUCUGCAAUUACACCACUUGUUGGUAUUGGUGUCAUCAGCAUAGAGAGAGCAUACCCACUGUCCCUGGGUUCGAAUAUUGGUACGACCACCACAGCCAUCCUGGCAGCCAUGGCUAGUCCUGGAGACACACUGGCUAAUGCUCUACAGAUCGCCCUCGUCCACUUCCUGUUCAACAUCUCUGGCAUCCUCCUUUGGUAUCCGAUCCCUUUCACCCGCAUCCCCAUCCGGCUGGCUAAAGGUCUGGGCAACAUCACCGCCUCCUACCGCUGGUUUGCAGCUGUCUACAUCCUCUGCUGCUUUUUCGUUUUUCCACUGUUUGUCUUCAGCCUGUCGCUGGCUGGCUGGCAGGCACUGGUCGGUGUGGGUGCACCUUUAGUUCUCAUGUUGAUCAUCAUCAUAGUGAUCAACAUAUUGCAGAAACGGAAACCUAGGUGUUUGCCUGCAGUACUGCGAUCCUGGGAUUUCCUCCCUUUGUGGGCCCACUCUCUGGCUCCCUGGGACAAAGUGGUUGGAGUGAUUACUUCCAAAUGCUGCUGCUGCUGCAAAUGCUGCCAACUGGCUGCUGAAGACCCGGAACACAAUGAGAAAGAGUGUUUGGAGAAGGAUCAGAAGUCACACACAGAGGUGUACGAUAACCCUGCAAUGAGUGCAGAGAAAGAGAAAGAGAAUGAGAUAAAGAUAGAGCUGGAGAUCUUGAAGAAGACGCGGUUGUGAGGUUUUUACAUAUACACUGAAUGAGUGUUUGUUUGUGUGUGUAUGUGUGUGUGUGUAUGUUUGUGUGUGUGUGUGUGUGUGUGUGUGUGAUGUAAAGAAUCAUUCUGCUCGAGGCAAAGGAACCAAAAACAUUUCCACAAUAUUCAUGUUCUUACUUUGAGUAGAUCAGUUGCUGUAAAAUGAGAAAUAGCUUUAAAAGGACUUCUGUUGGUCUUCCAAAUAAACUGAAAUGGCCUUUAAAGGGUAAGGUGGCAAUAUAUUAUAUAUUUAAAAGCAAGGUGCCCCUCAAACCCCUGGUGCCCUUGGAAGAGAAUAUUUUCCUGACGCAACAGUUGAUGUCGGCAUGAGCAGAGGCAAGACGGCAGAGAGGGGUCUGAUGUCAUAUCCACUUCUAUAAAAUUCCUCUUCCUGUAAUGUCUAUGUUAACCAGUCUGAUUCAUUUGAACUAACUAAAUCUCUCUUGUUUCAAAGCUACCCAUAUGUAAAUAAUAUUCAUAAGUUUGAAUCAUUAAAUUUGAAAUGUUUGCAAAAUGUAAAGAUUCUCACUGAUUCUAAGACAUUUGACUAAAUAACUAGUAAUAAAGUAGAUAUUUACAUCAAAUUAAAUCAAUGCAAACACUUAAUAAUAUAUCAUGCCAGAAUUUAUUUUUGAGAGUGCAGGGAGGAUUAAUCUGGAAUUGAAUGCAUGGUCAAUACCAGGAUUAGCAGGACACAUCCGUUGUUGGUUUUCAUACUUUCAUGUAAAUUGUGGACAAAAAUAAUUUAUUGUGAAUAUUACAAGACUUAUCCUCUAAUGUUUCCAACUUAAGUGCUAACAGGCUGAAAACCAUCGACACUUAGACAGACCUAAAUUAAAAAAAAAUUAUAUUGUAAUUAAAAUGAUAUAAUAAGAAUGAAGUGUAUAUAUACAUCUAAUGUUAUGUCUUACUGAAAGAGCACAGCAAUGCAAAUCAACCUGAAUGUCUUGAAUUUGAAAGUGCCAUGGCCUCUGUCCAGGAGUUUUGGCAGUAGAUAUAGUCAUGAUCGGAUCUGCAGUGACCUGCUGAGCACAGAUGUGACAGACAAAGAUUUGUUUUUAUAUGUUUCAGCAGUUUGGUCAGGUUUUGUGUUUUGUAUUUUUACAGAGAAAAGAAAAUGACUAAUAAUCCACUGUAUGAAACACACUGAGAUCCUUAACACAUCGUUUUAAGGUGUAAAAAAUAUUUUAUAAUUAAGACGGAUAAUUGUAUUCAAGGAAUAUGUCCUUUGAAAUGAGAUGAAUGUGCAUCUGACUUGUUAAAGUUGUUCACUGUUGAUGUUUAUCUGGC